AUGGAAUUCAUAGAGUGGAAAAACAUUCUGUAUAACAAAAGGCAAAGUUAGUGACAUUACUUAUGAUUAUGGCAAAUUCACAGGUGAAGAACAUUUUCUUGCUAGCCGGACAGAGCAACAUGUCCGGCCUAGGAGGUGUCGUGAAGAACGUAUGGGACCGUAUCGUUCCGCCGGAGUGUAGCCCUAAUCCGGCCAUCCUCAAACUUGAUGCCAAUCUUCAAUGGGUGGAGGCAACUGAACCUUUACAUGCAGAUAUUGACGUGAACGUUACUUGUGGGAUUGGUCCAGGCAUGCCCUUCGCAAAUUCUUUGUUGAAUAAAACUUCGUGCCUUGGGAUAGUAAGGCUGGUACCUUGUGCAAUGGCAGGGAACAAAAUAAGUGAAUGGCAAAAGGGGACUUUCCUUUACAAUCAACUGGUUAAAAGAGCCAAGGCUGCUACUCUGCAAGAAUGUGGAGUAAUUAGCGCUAUGCUUUGGUAUCAAGGGGAGAGUGAUACAGUAAGACUGAGUGAUGCAAAUGUAUAUAAAGGAAAAAUGCAGCAAUUUUUCACUGACUUGAGAAGUGAUCUUGGGUUACCAGAGCUUUUGAUCAUACAGGUGGCGCUAGCCUCAGGGGGAAAGCAUUACACAGAGAUAGUAAGAGAAGCACAGUUAAAUCCUGAGAUUGCUAAUGUAGUAACUGUUGAUGCCAAGGGCUUGCAGUUGCAUAAAGACAAUUUACACCUUACUGCUUCUUCCCAAGUCUUCCUAGGCCACAUGAUGGCUGAUGCUUUCAUGAAGACAAUCUCAACCACAUCCUCUUCUUGAUAGUCAAUAGUGAAAGUGUAAACAUUCAGGAAGGAAAAAUGUCUAAUACUCUCUAAUAUAAUCAUAAAGUUGUACAAGCUGAAAUUAUGUUUCAUGUUUUAUGUUUCAAUUGGUCAAUCAAAAAUAAGAGAAAUUAACAAUA